AAAGAACAAGAAAUAUCCUAGCAAUUGUCAAAGUUUGGUGUUCGAGAAUAACGGCAUGUGGAAUGUGCGUUGGAGAUCUUGACAUUUAUAAAGGCGUUGGGGACAAUGCAUAUACGGACUUUUUUUAUUUCACUCGUACUUCUCGAUUGCCCAACUUUCUCAUAUAUUCGAAGCUGGAAAAAAUUUGGGAAGUCUCAAUGAAGGCCCAUUGCAAAAAUAGUCAUAGAUCGAAAUUUACUCUUUUUCUUCUUUCGAGGACUAUUACAAGAAUUGUAUCCAGUCUUACUACAGUUUCUGGUAAUAUUGAAUUUGAAGACUCUGAAGAAUUUGAAGAAAGUAGUAUUAAGGAAUCUAAAGGAAACGAAAAAAAUUAUAUAAGAAUUAGUAUAAGAUUUUCAUAUACCCGCAUUCGUCUAGGACAUUAUUGUAAAUCCUUUGCUGAAGAGGAGCGAUUUUUACUGGAUAUAACUGAAGAACAAGAAUCGUUAAUAGAUGAAAUAAUAUCAAAUGAAGAAUUAAAAACCUAUUAUAUAAGACUUGGAAACGAAAGUUGCGUAGUCUGCAAGGUAUUGCAAAUGAUCUUAAAAAAUAUUCAUAAUUGUGGAUUAAUUCAUCGUGAUUUCAUUAUGGAAAUAUAUUUAGCGAUUUCUCAUAAUACCGAUUUGGGAUUAUGUAAAUCAGCCAAUGUAAAGACUUCUCAAGAUUGUAAUUAA